AGCGUCGUGGUCUACGAGUCCGCCCACCCCGUCGAGCACAUCCACGCCCACACCGUCGAGUCCCACCACAACGCCCACGCCCAUCUCAGCAGCGAGGGCGCCACCUACGCUACACUCGAGUCGGCGCCCGCGAUUACAACCCUCGCCUCCAUCCCUUAUACGACUGAUCCUUAUCCCUAUUACUACAAGACGGAUAUGUACGUGAAGGACGAGAGCCGCAGGAGCGCCGGGUACGACUACGUGCAACCCUCGUACAUGACGUCAGCGAGCCACGCCCACCCGACCGCCCACAGCCACGCCCACCUGCAGAAGGCGGAGUCUGCCAUGUGGACGACCACUCCGGAGUACAGCCAACUCCCGCCGGAGAUGCUGGAGCGACCCACGGCGAUCUCCCACCACCCCUACAUGUCGCAGCCGGCCCCCACCUCCUGGUCCCCAACAGCCUACGACUCCAUCCUGCACACAGCCAAUGGGGAAACUUACAGGAGGAUUGAGCCAGGCGACCCGGAGUGCAACGAGAACCGCGAGUGCGUCAACUGCGGCUCCAUGACGACCCCGCUCUGGCGCCGGGACUCGGGAGGUCACUACCUGUGCAACGCCUGCGGUCUCUACAACAGGGCGAACGGGGUCAACCGGCCCCACGUGCGCGGCCAGAGGAGGGUCAGCAGCCCA